AUGGUGUCAACUAACUCUGAUAUAGAGCAAAAGGUCCUCGCCGAUUCUUCGGCCACUCAGGAAAAUGCCAACAAUAUAUCACAUUCUCCGGAGAAAGAGCCUGAGUUGAUAUUCGAUACGGGGCUAAAUACAUGGCUCCAAGCUUUGGGCUCAUUCUUUCUUUUCUUCAAUUCAUGGGGCAUUAUCAAUACAUGGGGUGCAUAUCAAACCUAUUAUGAGCGAGAACUGCUCGUCGGUACUUCAUCAUCGACCAUUGCCUGGAUUGGAUCGCUGCAGUCUUUCCUUCUGAUGAUGGUUGGAGUCAUUACAGGUCCACUGUUCGAUGCUGGCUAUUUUCGAUCCCUCAUCAUCUUCGCUGCAUUCCUGCUACCAUUUGGCUUGAUGAUGACCAGUCUUGCCACAAAAUACUGGCACCUGAUUCUUUCCCAGGGCGUUUGCAUCGGACUCGCAGCAGGCUGCCUUUUCGUGCCCUCCGUUGCCAUCCUGCCACAGUACUUCCGCCGCAAGAGAGGCCUGGCCAACGGCUUGGCUGCCAGUGGCAGCAGUGUCGGUGGUGUGAUCUACCCAAUCAUGUUCGAUCAGUUGCAGAAGAAGGUCGGUUUUGCCUGGGCUACUCGAGCACUUGGGUUCGUCUGCUUUGGCACCAUUUGCAUUUCUAUUAGCAUCAUGCGCUCGCGCUUCCAGCCAAAGGAGAAGCGCAAGCUUUACCAGUUGUCUGCCCUAAAGGAGCCAGCUUUUACUAUCUUCGCCAUUGCCAUGUUCAUGGGUUUCUUGGGUUUCUACAACUUCCUUUUCUAUGUGCAGUCAUACGCAAUAGAGACAGGCAUUGUAGACGCGAACCUAGGAUUCUACCUACUCUCCAUGCUAAACGCCGCCUCGGCCAUCGGCCGUAUUGCGCCCAACUUCCUCGCAGACCACUUUGGCCCUUUGAAUAUGCUCACACCCGCCGUGACCAUCACUGCCAUCCUGGCCUUUGUCUGGAUCAGUGUUCAUACCGUACCUGGCAUCAUCAUCCUUGCCGUCUUCUACGGCUUCUUCUCGGGCGGGUUUGUGUCUCUGCCGCCUGUGGUCAUGGCGAGCAUGACUCCAGACGUGCGAGACCUGGGAACACGGAUGGGCAUGGUCUUUGCUAUCACUUCCAUAGGCCUGUUGAUCGGUACCCCCAUCGGUGGUGCAAUCCUGGCCGAUACAAACCAAUUCCUCGGAGUGCAGCUUUUCACCGCUUGCUGUCUCACUACCUCUGCGGUUCUUAUGACCUGUGUCAGAUUUCUGCGCUCAGGUCUUAAGUUCCAUGUCAAGACUUGA